CACACAACACAGCGCCAGCUGAGCUGAGCCAGAGCUGAGCGCACAGGCAGGUUGCUCGUCGCCAACUGGAUCAUAGAGAACUGUCUCUGAAUGUACUACCGCGAACUGAUACCUACCAGAUGGAGCAUCCGAGUAGACAUGGAGGACUCUUUAACCAUCCACGCGCAACCCCGUACAGCAAGGAAACCCAGGAAAUGUUGAAAUUGAUGAUGAAAGAGUCGAGACUUACCAACUUUCAGCAAAGAAAACUCGACAGUCAUUUCAGGAAUGGGGAAGCCCUGCCUCUGUCCUGUAAUCCAACCUCCUCUUCACCUCCUCCUCAACCAAAAGCCACGGCCGCCAAGACGGCCGCCCCGUCCCUGUCAGCAAAACCGCUGAGACGACAGGCUGAAGAUUGCAGAGCAGGAGACAACUACAAGAGGGAGAGGUUUCGUCCCAGCGCAACACGAGAUCUGGAGAAGGAGAAGAAGAGACUCCAGAAUAUCUUGGCUGGUCAGGACUGCACACCCAAACAGCCUCGAAGAGAACAGAAGAAGCCAAUUGAAGAGGAGGAGGAGAGGGACAGGUUUCAAGAAGUUCUGUGCGAGAUCGAAGAAAGGAAACAGUUCUUGGAAGAAAUGACAUCGCUUGGGAUGGGCGGUCAAUAUCAACAUAUCAUCAACACCGAGAUCUCACAGAAAAUCCGUGAGUUGGAGUUGAUCGACAAGGCUCGCAGUGCAUCAUAAAACAAAAUCCUCUUUCAGAGGACGAUGACGGAGGUGACCUCAGUGAUGACUAAACUCCUGUGUGUCCUGUGUACACUACAGUUUGUGCACUUCAAGGUCCGGUGUGUAAUUUAGUGUACUUUUACUUUUAGAAUAUAUGGUGCUGCCCAUUCACAAAUCUGUUCUUUUUCAUGAAUAUGUGCUAAGUAGAUAAACUAGUGUUUAUGGGACUGACCAGAGUAGGCCUGGCGCAAAAGAGGUAAUUCAAAAUUGUGGAUUUACACAGAAAGGAUCCUGUUAAUAAAAUAAUGACAUCAUAAUUCAACACCAAUUUUAUGUAGUGCUUUUCAGGGUACUAAAAGAUGAUUAAUGUACGAAAAGAGUAUCUUUCCAAGUUGUAGUGAAUAGUGAAGACGUCUAUGAUGGUGGUAAAUAUUUGUGAUGAAGAUGACAUUUGUGAAUGGGCACCAUAAAUUCAAGAAAUAAAACACUACUAAAAUAAUGA